AUGGAAACAAAUGAAGUCGGGGGAGUGCCAACAAUUAUUCAAGAAGAGUUGUCGGUCCAAAUUCCAGAUGAAGACAUUCAAUUUGUUGGGAAGUUAAAUAAUGACCAAAUGAGUGCUUACAAUACAAUUAUGAACGUCAUCCACCAAAACCAAAGUCAAUUUUUUGUUGUUGAUGGUCUUGGAGGAACAAGUAAAACUUUCCUUUAUCGAACUAUAAUGGUAAAUUUGAGAUGUAAUAGUCAAAUUGUCUUAGCAACAAUUUCCUCAGGUAUAGCUGCUAGAUUAUUACCUGGUGGUAGAACUGCACACUCUCGAUUUGGGAUCCCCAUUGAUAUAGAGCCCAUUUCUAUUUGCAAAAUAACAAAGAAAUGUGACCUUACAAAACUCAUUAGAAUAACCAAUGCAAUCAUUUGGGAUGAAGUACCCAUGAUAAAUAGAUAUUGUGUGAAAGCAUUAGAUCGAUCGCUACAAGAUAUUAUGAAUAUCGAUGCUCCAUUUGGUGGAAAAAUAAUGAUCAUGGGAGAAGAUUUUCGCCAGGUGCUUCCUGUUAUUGAAAAAGGAAGUAUAAGAGAAAUGAUUUCAGCGUGUAUUGUUAAGUCUCAAUUAUGGGCCACCACAAAGAUCCUACACUUGCGCCAAAAUAUGCGAUUAAUUCAUGACCACGAGUUUACACAGUUUCUGAUGAGGAUUGGAGAUGGCAAUGAACCUGCUAAAGAGGAUGACAUGGUCAAGAUGCCUGCUGAAAUUGUAAUACCAUGGGAAGGAGAAAGCGCCAUAAAAAAGCUCAUACAACAUACAUUUCCCCAAUUAGAAAACCAUGGAUGGGAUGCUUCAUAUAUGGUGGAGAAAGCCAUACUUAUCCCUAAAAAUUAUGAUGUACAUAUGUUGAAUGACAUGAUUAUUAAUAAGUUCCCUGGAGAUGAACAUAUUUUGUUAUUUUUGAUGAGGUUGAGGGUGAUACUCAUAAUCUAUAUCAACAAGAAUACUUACACAUAA